CUGGGGAAGAUGGCAGAGAAGCAGGAGGAGCCCAGCAAUGCCCAGAACGGGGAGCCCGACAAUGCCGAGGAGGGCGAGGGGAAGAAGAAGAAGAAGGUGAAGAGGGAGGACCUGCCACCCUUUGAGAUUGUCACAGGGGAACGUCUCCCAGCCAUCUUCUUCAAAUUCCAGUUCAGGAACGUGGAGUACAGCUCGGGCAGGAACAAAACCUUCCUGUGCUACGUGGUGGAGACGCAGGGCAAGGAGCCGGUGACCAGCCGGGGCUACCUGGAGGACGAGCACGCGGCCGCCCAUGCCGAGAUGGCUUUCUUCAACACCAUCCUGCCCACGUGCCAGCCCGGUGCCCGCCACGACGUCACCUGGUACGUGUCCUCCAGCCCCUGCGUCACCUGUGCCCAGAGGAUCUGCGAGGCCCUGCGCAAGAACAAGGGGCUGCGCCUCACCAUCAUGGUGGGCAGGCUCUUCAUGUGGGAGGAGCCCGAGAUGCAGGCGGCCCUCAGGAGCAUGAAGGAGGCCGGCUGCAAGCUGAGGAUCAUGAAGCCUCAAGACUUUGAGUAUGUCUGGAAGAACUUUGUGGAGCAGGAGGAAGGGGAGGAGGCCAAGUCCUUUGUGCCCUGGGAGGAUAUUCAGGAGAAUUUUCAGUACUACGAGGAGAAGCUGGCGGAGAUUUUGCACUGAGGCUCAGGGUCAGAAAGGAUCCAUGAAGAGAUGUGACAGACCUGGACACCUGGGACAGUCCUGCUUCCCAAAGCUUUGAUUCCAGCAGGAUGGAGAACCAGCCUGUGGGAGACAAGGCCCUGUGGGACUCCAAACACACACACACAACACAGACCUCUGGUGUUUGGGAUUUUUUGGGUGUUUUUUGUUCCUCCCCCUCCCUGCCCCAACCAAACCCGUUCUGUGGUGAAAGGGAUGGCAGUGAUCCACAGGCAGGCUGUGGGAUCACAUUCUGGGAAUAUUUCAUGGGAAGAGACCUUAGAACAAAGCUGCUGGUUAGAUAAAUACAUUAGAAAGAGGAAAAGAAAUUGAUUUAAAGGUGAAAAAGAAGUUUUCUCCCUCUGUUCUCCUCUAUAGUCAGAGCUGUGAUUUAAUUCAGGGCCAACAGCUCUCUUCCAAAUCAUGAUGGAGCCCAAGCACUGGAUAUCAAACAAUGUCAUUUGGGAUAUAAACCUGGGAAAAGCAGAGUGAAAUAAAAUGGGAAGCCACUGCAAAAGCCAAAA